AUGGCCAAGAAUCGUCCCGGCCAAGGUGCGCGCCGCCGCCAGAGGAACCGCGAACAGCGCGACAAGGAGGCCUACCUGACUGGCAAUCACGUGCCCGAGAGUGCCAUCCCUCGCUCAAAGCGCAUAAUCGCCAAGAAGAAGCAGCGCAAGCAGAUCAACGAGCGUCUCGACGGAAUUUCCAAGGAGAUUAAAGCUAUGGAGGAGCAGCAGCAGAACUUGCUGGAGGAGCAGCAGAGACAGAAGGACAAGGCCGCGGCCUCGACCUUCAAGACCGACGUCAGAAACAACAGGUUCAACGUCGUCCGCGACGGUCUUGAGAACACUACCAACAAGCUCAACGCGCACGUCAAGACGUUCAACAAGAUGGAAGAGGACAUGGGCAUGCGAAUGGACCAGUCUACGAUGGCGAAUGCAAAGAUCGCGAAGAUGGAGCAUCAGAUGGAGGCCAUGAUGGCGGAGAUCAGUGCCCUCAGGGAGGCGAGGAAGUGA